AUGACUCCACUUAUAACAUUAGGGAGUAAAAAGACUUUAAACCAUCAAGACCUUCCUCUUCUUUCUGCCAAUGACACUGCCUAUGGAUCUUUUUCUACUUUUAGAAAAAGGCUUCAGUUGGAGUGUGGUAAUGUUAGGACUGUGGCAACUAUUAAGCUCGUCAAGCUGCUCUUCUUAUCAACAUGGAAAGAGAUUCUUAUAUCUGGCUUAUUUGCAUUCUUGUACGUAUGUGCUACUUAUGUAGGACCCUACCUUAUUGAAAAUCUUGUUCAAUAUCUCAAUGAUGAAAACAAGGUUCAAAAUCAAGGCUAUGUUUUGGCUACGGCAUUUGUUGUGGCAAAGCUUGUUGAGUGUCUUUCGCAAAGGCACUGGAUGUUUAAGUUUCAACAGGUUGGUGUUAGGAUGCAAGCAAUGUUGGUGUCAAUGAUCUAUGCUAAAGGUUUGACACUGUCGGGUCAAUCAAAAGAGGGACAUAGCAGUGGCGGAAUCAUCAACUUAAUGACUGUUGAUGCUCAAAGGAUAGGUGAGUUUUGUUGGUAUAUGCACGAUAUAUGGAUGGCUGUUCUACAAAUUUCUCUGGCUUUGUUUAUUCUUCAUAGAAGUGUCGGGGUUGCUUCAGUGGCCGCUUUUGCUGCAACUGUUAUUGUGAUGUUGCUAAACCUUCCUGUGACUUCACUGCAAGAGAAGUUCCAAGCUAAGUUAAUGGAGUUCAAGGAUAAAAGAAUGAAGGCGACGUCUGAGGUUCUAAUGAACAUGAGGAUUCUCAAACUGCAAGCAUGGGAGAUGAAGUUCUUAUCAAAGAUUAUUCAGCUCAGGAAGUUAGAGGAGACAUGGCUAAAAAAAUUUCUUAUUGGGAUUCCACUUGAAUCAGGAAAGAUCUUAUCCGCUCUUGCAACAUUUCGAAUUCUCCAAAUGCCUAUCUAUGGUCUUCCUGACACAAUUUCAAUGAUUGCACAAACCAAAGUUUCCCUCGAUAGGAUCGUCACUUUUCUUCGUCUAGAUGAUUUGCAGGCUGAUGUAGUGGAGAAGCUUCCGCGAGGUAGUUCUGAUAUAGCAAUUGGAAUAGUUGAUGGAAAUUUCUCUUGGGAUCUUUCCUCUGUCAAUACAACUUUGAAAAACAUAAACCUCAGAGUUAGUCAUGGUAUGAGGGUUGCUGUAUGUGGUACUGUUGGAUCAGGCAAGUCGAGUUUACUUUCUUGUAUAAUAGGUGAAAUACCAAAGAUAUCUGGUAACUUGAAGGUGUGUGGAACUAAGGCUUAUGUUGCUCAAUCACCAUGGAUACAGAGUGGAAAGAUAGAAGAGAACAUACUGUUUGGAAGAGGGAUGGAUAGGGAAAAGUAUGAGAAGGUUCUAGAAGCAUGUUCGUUGAAGAAAGACCUAGAGGUUUUACCAUUUGGUGAUCAGACCAUUAUUGGAGAGAAGGGAAUUAAUCUGAGUGGUGGACAGAAGCAAAGAGUACAAAUAGCGCGUGCACUUUACCAAGAUGCCGAUAUAUAUCUUCUCGAUGAUCCCUUUAGUGCCGUUGAUGCUCAUACAGGAUCCCAUAUCUUUAAGGAGUGUUUGCUUGGCCUUUUGAAAACAAAAACUGUGAUCUACAUAACACAUCAAGUAGAGUUCUUACCUGACGCUGAUUUGAUACUUGUCAUGAAAGAAGGAAGGAUAACUCAAUCAGGAAAAUACAACGACAUUCUUACGUCAGGAACUGAUUUUAUGGAACUUGUAGGCGCACAUAGAGCAGCGUUGUCUUCAGUUAAGUCCUUAGAGAGAAGGCCUACGUUCAAAACAUCCGGAGAAGACACAAGUUCAUUAAGUGAUUUUGAACUUGAGCAAGAAAUCGAAAAUGUAGAUGAUCGAAACAGCAAGUUAGAUGAGACAAUUGUGUCGAAAGGCCAACUUGUUCAAGAGGAAGAACGUGAAAAAGGUAGUGUUGGGUUUAAAGUGUUUUGGAAAUACAUAACAACAGCUUAUGGAGGAGCUCUUGUACCUUUCCUAUUGCUUUCACAGAUACUCACUGUGGUUUUACAAAUCGCAAGCAAUUAUUGGAUGGCUUUGGCAACUCCUGUUUCCGCAACUGAAGAACCUGAUAUUGGAAACUUUACUCUGAUGGUUGUCUAUGUUUCUUUGGCUAUUGGAAGUUCCAUUGGCACCCUUGGCAGAGCCGUUCUUGCUGCGAUAGCUGGAUACAAGACCGCCACCAUGCUCUUCAAUCAAAUGCAUUUGAGCUUCAUUCGAGCGCCAAUGUCAUUUUUUGAUUCCACCCCAAGUGGAAGAAUUCUUAAUAGAGCCUCGUCAGACCAAAGUGCAGUAGAUAUGAACAUCUCAAAUCUAGCAUGGGGUGUCACCUACAAUAUGGUUCAGCUAUUGGGAAGUAUUGCUGUGAUGUCUCAAGCAGCAUGGCAGGUGUUCAUAGUAUUGAUUCCUGUCAUGGCAGCUUGCAUUUGGUACCAGCGAUACUACUCAGCAUCAGCACGAGAAUUGGCACGAUUAACUGGUGUAUGCCAAGCGCCGGUUAUACAACAUUUUUCUGAAACGAUAUCCGGAUCAACAACCAUAAGAAGUUUUGAGCAAGAAUCAAGAUUUACUGAAUUGAAUAUGCAAUUGAUCGACAAAUAUUCCCAACCUAAAUUAUACAUUGUUAGUGCAAUGCAAUGGUUGAAUUUCAGAUUGGAUCUUUUAUCCUCUACCAUAUUUGCCUUCUGCUUGGUUUUCUUGGUAUCUUUUCCAAGUUCAAUUGCUGAUCCUAGUAUUGCGGGAUUGGCUGUGACAUAUGGAAUUAAUCUAAAUGCUAUACAAUCUAAUUUAAUCAGGUUUCUUUGCAAUUUGGAGAACAAAGUUAUAUCUGUAGAAAGAAUACUUCAGUACACCUCCAUCCCAAGUGAAGCACCUCUUGUAAUAAAAGACAAUCAACCCGAUCAUUCUUGGCCAUCAUUCGGAGAGGUUCAUAUCCAGAAUUUGCAGGUUCAAUAUGCUCCUCACUUGCCUCUUGUUUUGCGUGGACUAAAAUGCACUUUCACCGCUGGAGCAAAAACUGGCAUUGUCGGAAGAACUGGAAGUGGAAAGUCAACGCUUGUGCAAGCACUUUUCAGACUUGUUGAACCUGUCGCAGGACAAAUAUUGAUAGAUAACAUCAACAUCUCAUUGAUUGGAAUCCAUGAUUUACGGUCCAGACUCAGCAUAAUUCCUCAGGAUCCAACAAUGUUUGAAGGGACUGUAAGAAGCAACCUCGACCCCCUGGAAGAAUACACAGAUGAACAAAUUUGGGAGGCUUUAGAUAUGUGCCAACUAGGAGAUGAAGUGAGGAAGAAAGAAGGAAAGCUCGACUCAACAGUUACUGAGAAUGGAGAAAACUGGAGCAUGGGUCAAAGACAGUUAGUUUGCCUCGGCCGUGUUUUACUUAAGAAAAGCAAGAUAUUGGUGCUUGACGAGGCUACUGCAUCAGUUGAUACAGCAACAGAUAAUAUUAUUCAGCAGACAGUUAAGCAAUAUUUCUCUAAUUGCACGGUCAUUACUAUUGCUCAUAGAAUAACUUCAAUCCUCGAUAGUGACAUGGUUCUGUUUCUCAGUGAAGGACUUAUUGAGGAAUAUGAUUCUCCAAAGAAGCUGCUUAAGGACAAAUCUUCAUCUCUUGCUCAACUAGUUGCAGAAUACACAAGGAGAUCAAACACUGGUUUUGGAAGUUGA